AUUGGUUUUUAUUUUUCUUAUAUUCUUUCAAGAUCUGAACCGUUUAUUAUAAAAUGAGAGCUAAACUUAAGCUAAAACGAAUCGCUUUUUUGAUAUUUGUCUUUUUGUGCGGUUUGGCUUCAAAGUCGCUGCUGACAUUCCCUACUGCGGAAUCCCUAUUCAACGUAAAAGGUGACGCAGAGCCAGGCAGAGAUACCGCUGAAGCUGCAGAAAAUUUUCAAAACGAGUAAAAACAGAAAACUCGACAAAAGUUUUCAGAGUCGAACAAUUUUGUUGACAACAACGGAGCAAAUUUUUUUGCCGCUGCGUACGAUGAUGUGUUUGUGAAACAGUUUUGUCUACAUCAGUUCCAGCCAGUUCCCACAAAGCCUUCUGUUUGUAUCUACAACCCCAAAGAGGACAAAUACAUCUCGGCUAGAGUCGCAGGCGGCCAAAUCUGGGACACGACCGGUGUGGCAACUGUGCUGAGUCACCUGGUCGAUCUGCAGCGGGAUGGUAAGAGUCCAAUUCUGCUGGACCUCGGGGCAAAUAUUGGCACCUUCUCUAUUCCUGCAUUGAGCUAUGGCGUGCGGACUAUUUCGGUGGAGCCUCUGCCGUCCGCCAUGAAGCGUCUGGCGACGUCAGUGGUGCUGAACAAAUUCGACCCCUCUCUCUACUCGCUGCAUAGGAGCGCAAUUUCGCACAAGAAAGGAUGUGCGCAGAGCCAAGAGGAUGCCCUCAAUAAGGGGGGCUCCGAGGUAGUGGACGUUCCCUGCGAUGGGGCAUCUCGGGAUGAUACAAUUACUGAAUCGACAACCAUUGACAACCUCCUUCAAUCCUAUUCGUCUAUGCGGCAAAAUGUCGUGGUCAAAAUGGACAUCCAAGGCUAUGAGCCAUACGGGCUGCUGGGGGCUGAGAGUCUGUUCACAACCCACAAUGUCACCAUGCUCUACAUGGAGUGGGCUGAAAUGAAAAAGUCGCUUAAUGGAGAGCACAAGGUGUUAUCAACUCCGGAGUAUCAGCAACUGGCGGAACGGACGGUGGGAAAACUGGUACUUGAGAGGGGCUACUCUGUCUACUCUAUGGACACAGGAAAUAUCCUUAAGUGGGAAAAUAGAAAGCAGUGGGCCAACAAUGUUUUCCUGAUCCACGCCGAUGUCAAACAUAGAUUUUCGACUACGAAAAGUUUCCCACAGCCACUCAAUUCAAUAUAAUACCAGCGAUGUUCAUCCAAACUUGUAAUUUACUUAUAUAUAAACUUUCGGCAACGUUUGCUCUGGUUUAUUGUCAAUAUUUUUGUAAAUGUAGAGAAAUUUUUCAUGAUUUUGCGCCGUAGA